CACGUUGUUCUUUCGUGUGUCAACCAACGUGUAAGUUGGCGGAUGAGCUGCUUGAAUCAUCGUACGUUUCGACUUGUCGAAAUCGCAAGAGGGAUUUGCGAAUCCGAUUACACGAUGUGGAGAUUUUUGGUGCGCUGUUAUGUCACAUUGACAUCAAUCUGACGUGUUUGCAUUCGAUCGUAUCGUUUGACAACCUGAUAUCCGUCUACCAAUUUUGAGAACUGACUUUUCAUCGGGGAAACAUCGCGGAGAGACCGGAAGUGAGUGAGUGGAUGCGAGCAAGAAGUCGAAGACUCUCCUGCAGGAGGACGAGGAAGAGAUGAUCGAGCUGCUGGUGGCCGGAGCGUUCGCCCUCGCCACACUAAGGCGAUUCGGUGGCACAGACGAUUAUCUUCAUGAGCCUCACAUUCUUCCUGAGUUCGGGAUUGAAUACGGUUUCAGGUGCACCUGCGUACGGUAUUCGCACCGCCGUAUCAAACACGAAUAACAUGGACCGUUGGUUGCAACCGUGUGGUAACCCAGUGGCGAUGCAAUUUAAGAGGAUGCCACAGAGGCACAGCGUGCACAGAACCCUAAAGAGGGUGCGAACCCAGCUCAGAGUUGCUCAGAAUCACUUUAGGAUGCAUCUGAAGGAUGUGCACGAUAUAUACUCGAAGGUGUACAAAGUGCUGAAGGGGCAGUACAGAAUGCCCUGGCUCCCAGAGAAGGAACUCGAGUGGUAUUCUAGGGAGGUUUGGUGUCUCGAAAAGGGAAAGAAAGCUGACCGUGCGUUACCGCAUCUUCACGAUUCGCUUCAAAGGUUCGCCAUCACGUUCCAUCAUCUCAGAGCUUUCCGUCUGAAAUCCAACAUUAACGUUGAUCUCACAAUGAACAGGAGAAACGAGAUCAUUAAUCAAAUGCACAAUGAGAUUCUCAGGGUUCUGUGCGAAGUGGAGACCGCCAUUUUAAACCUAGGUCUACAAGUGCCGACCGCUCACACGGCCAAAAUUGUCACGGAGAGUUCAAACUGGGCUAAGGAAGGUGAUUUAACCUUGAUGUUGAUUCAGGAUUGGGGCGUUAUUAGAUUGUAUCAGACGUUUCUGAAAGCUUGGACCGAAGCGUUUCGUAAUGCAACCGCGCCAGGGCCGGGCACCUGUGACCCCACCAGGCAACGCCCAGGAGCGAAGAACAUUAACAAAGGAUCCGGGCCAAAGGGUAAGAGGAUAUCGAAGAUUAAGAAGCAAAACAAGCCAAUUAGGAAGCAUCCAGUAGGCGGUGGCCAGAAAAGUUCCUUGCCUCAGGGAUCACGAAAGGGUAUUCCGAGGAACAGACUGCUAAGAAACAAACAAAAGAAGCUCAUAGAAGUGUGAUGAAAUUAAUCUAACAAGGCUUCUUUCGAUUUAUGCGAGAUCAAUCAAUUAUUUUGAAGGGAGGGUUAACAGGCAACCACACUUUGCGACAAGGAACUCUCUAUUAUUACGACUGCAUCUUCGGCGAGUUACAUUUUACAAUUUCUUGCAAGUAUUAUUUUAUAAAGCAUUUUUACGCAUACUUAAGGUAUCCAUCUUUAUGUAUAGUUUACCUAAACGAUUUGAGAUUCAUUUGAUUAUAUCAAGUCAGUGCUGUCUGCGGACGUUUAGAUUAAUGUCUGAUAAAGAUUCGGGCACAGCCAUUAACACUAAAACAAGCGUAUCUACACUUACAUUUAAUUAAAAAAUAACGGU